AUGGCCUUCAAUCUGGACAACAACUCCAGCUGGAUUGAGCUUGAUGCAAUCUACCACCAGUGUCACUGGCCUCUUCCUCCUGCCACUGAUAAGAAGGUGGCUAUCAAGGUGGCCUCCUUUCAGCUCACCUAUGACAGGAAGCAGUACAAGGUCAACCAUGAGGGUGCUGCCUUUGCUAAACAACUCGACCUUUCCCAGGACACUCCUGUUGGCAAGUACGAGGAAUGCCUGUCACGCUCCCUCACCUUUAAUUGGUGCUGA